GAUGAAGAUGUUAAUGAAACUGACAUUGGUCUUUGUGGUCACUCUCCUUUAUAAAGGGUGUGACUGCCAACUGGAUGUGUGUGGCAGAGCUCCUCUUAACACUAAAAUAGUGGGGGGACAGGAAUCUCAAGUCGGUGCUUGGCCAUGGCAGAUUAGUUUUCAUCUCAAAGAAUUUGGCCACAUCUGUGGUGGAUCACUCAUCAACGCUCAAUGGGUUCUGACAGCAGCUCACUGUGUCGUAAAUAAUCUUAAUCCUUCAAGUUAUUUGGUGUAUCUGGGCCGACACAGUCAGGAACUACCUAAUCCAUUUGAGGUGGCCAGGAACGUAUCUCUAAUCAUACCGCAUCCAGCCUACGACGCAAACUCUAAAGACAAUGACAUGGCUCUUCUUCAGCUCUCCGCACCUGUCAACUUCACAGCACACAUCGGUCCGGUUUGUCUGGCAGCAGACGGAAGCAUAUUCGGCAAUGGCACAGACAUGUGGUUGACAGGUUGGGGCAACAUACAGUCCGGUGUGUCUCUUCCAUCACCUCAAAAUCUACAGGAGGUAGAUGUUCCCAUAGUUGGAAAUGGGAUGUGUAACUGCCUUUAUGGAGAAGGAAAGAUAACAAGCAACAUGAUUUGUGCUGGACUAAUGCAAGGUGGAAAAGAUACAUGCCAGGGGGAUUCAGGUGGUCCAAUGGUCAUCAAACAGGGCCCGGUUUGGAUUCAGUCUGGUGUUGUGAGUUUUGGACAGGGUUGUGCCUUGCCUAACUAUCCUGGUGUAUAUUCCAGAGUUUCUCAGUAUCAGAACUGGAUCACUGGCUAUGCCGGAGCAGUUGGUUUCGUCAGUGCUAUGAUCGGCCUCCCUGAUGACCAGACCAAUGUGACUUGUCCACCAAUACUGUGUGGAGGACAAAGUAACUUUUUUACAGGUGACUGGUCAAUGAUGGCAAGUCUACGCUUUUUUGGUUCACCUACAUGCACGGGAACUGUGAUCUCUCCAAAUUAUGUCCUGACCUCUGCAAGCUGCUUUAUGGGAGCCAUGAUGCCAUUUCAGUGGACGGUGACGGUUGGCUUUGUCCCAGGGGACUGUACUAACAGCAUGGAGAUUACUUAUAACGUAGCGCAAAUCAUCAUCAGUCCAAAUUCAAACAACGACGUGGCGCUUGUGGAACUGGCUUACGCAUCACAAUUACCAUACUACAUUAAUGCUGCAAAUGUCAAUGUGUAUGGUUAUGACUUUCCACCCGGUACUGAGUGUUCAGUAGUGGGUUGGAAUGGCAUGAUGCCAGGUCUUGAGGAAUUCCAGGCCACCAUUGUACCCUGCAAUAAUCCUUAUAUCAACUCUGAGCUCAACAUCUGCACAACCCCUGUGAACGUACAGCAGGAUGAUCAAGGCAGUCCCCUGAUGUGUAAACUGGGUGAAAUGUGGGUUCAGGCUGGUGUUUUGUCCUUGGACUACAUAUUAGGUGAAAAUGUCCAGGUCUUCAGAAAGACAUCUCAAUUCACCCCCUUCAUGUAUGAAAAUGUCAACAACAUCCCAUCUGUUUGGGAUGGAGUGGAGUCAUUCUCUCCUCUUUCUCUGACCUUCGUCCUUCUGCUCUCUCUGCCAGCAAUCCUGCAGGCUUUGUCGCCGUACAGUCACGGGAAGUCGUGUCGUGUACAGCGAUGGAGGAUUUGGAUUGGCGCUGAUGGUGGCGCCCCACCCACUCUGUCACGCUCACUUCUUCCCGGUCUGCUGCUACUCCCAGGACCAGGUCAGUGGGCAUCCGUACGUGCCUGCCGAACAUCAGCCUUCUCCCAGUCUCCGUCUGGGCUAGUCUCUCUGAUGACGUUGGCCGUCGGCCCUGUUCCACCCACAUCUUCACCUGACACACAUCCUGAUCCUGGGCCUGUCUCUCUAUCCACCGGCGGGGGUCCCACCCCCAGUUCCCUGGCACGGCCUCCUGCUGGCCUCCUGGCGCCUCCACAGCCCCUAUCAUAUAGCCCUCCCCAUGGCUAUCUUCCUCUUGAUGCACCCGGCGCCCGGGGCUCUCCACCUCUGGCAGUCUCGAAAGGACAUCUGCGUUCGUAUGCUCUCGCCCAAGCUGAUACUGUAGUUGGUAGUCAAAGUUGGCCAGCUGGGCCACCCACCGCUGCUCAACGGCCCCCAACUUCGCCGUCUGUAGUCCUUGAACUUCUCGCUCAAGGCCCACUUCAGGGCCAGCAGUUCCAGCUUGAACGAGCUGUAAUUAGCAUUGUUCCUCUCGGCCGGGUGGAGGCUUCUGCUCGCGUAGGCAAUCACCCGCUCGGUUCCUUCCUGCCGCUGGGCCAAUACCGCCCCCAGCCCCAGAUUCAGCUUGCGAUAAUCCACACAGAACCUCCAGGCUCCCGUCUUCUUCUGUACGAGUACGAUGGGGGCUGCCCAGGGGCUACUGCUCUCCAUGACGAUGCCCCGGCCCAGCAUGCCCUGCAAAAGUGUGUGUACCUCCGCAUACAAGAAGGAACUGGUCACGCAGCAAGGUCUCCCCGUCUCCUAGCCCAUGAUCACGGCGGGUCUGCAGCCGGUAAACUGCUUUUGCAGUCUCAGGGCAAAAGCUCUAAUGGGUUGUCGGGGGCUUUGUUUACAAUUAAAGAAUUGGGAGCGGAGGACGGCUACGGGGGUGUGGUCACCAUAUUGCUCGGUGAGGAAUUGGAAUAUGGUUUGGGCGGUGGCUCGGACAGCUUCAGGGGCGGCUUACGGGCACGGCACGGGGUUGGGCUGCGGGCCCCGCGUUGUCGGUCAUUGGGCGAGCUUGGUUACUCAACUCGAGGUGGAGCCCUGCCGACUACGCCAAAUCUGUCACGCCCAGGGGCUGGCUACUAUUUGGCUAAAGCCGCGCCCCUUCUCAACUUCCACCUCGAGGAGGUCCCCAAAGCCAGCUCAAUGACCAGACAACAACGAGGACAGGGGGGCCACGGCCCAGCGAGCGACCGGGGGGGACGUCGAAGAACAGGCUCCUGCCUGGUUCCUUCUACCCGUGGCGCCCUCCUCUUCACUCCUGGAGGCAGAAUAAAGUACAAUGAGUGCAGUGACUGGGACACAAAGGACACGAUUAAUCUGACUGGAUGGCUCUCACCUCUUCGCUGGCUACAGCUCUUGUCGAGCUUUAAUAAGGGGAUGAAGAGGGGUGUGGAAAUGCCAGGCUGCAGGGAAUAUAUAAGCUCAAACACCAAUGAUAAAGUCAGAAAGAUGAAGAUGUUAAGGAAACUGACAUUGGUCUUUGUGGUCACUCUCCUUAAUAAAGGGUGUGACUGCCAACUGGAUGUGUGUGGCAGAGCUCCUCUCAACACUAAAAUAGUGGGGGGACAGGAAUCUCAAGUCGGUGCUUGGCCAUGGCAGAUUAGUUUUCAUCUCAAAGGAGUUGGCCACAUCUGUGGUGGAUCACUCAUCAACGCUCAAUGGGUUCUGACAGCAGCUCACUGUGUAAAUAAUCUUGAUCCUUCAAGUUAUUUGGUGUAUCUGGGCCGACACAGUCAGCAACUACCUAAUCCAUUUGAGGUGGCCAGGAACGUAUCUCAAAUCAUACCGCAUCCAGCCUACGACGCAAACUCUAAUGACAAUGACAUGGCUCUUCUUCAGCUCUCCGCACCUGUCAACUUCACAGCACACAUCGGUCCGGUUUGUCUGGCAGCAGACGGAAGCAUAUUCGGCAAUGGCACAGACAUGUGGUUGACAGGUUGGGGCAACAUACAGUCCGGUGUGUCUCUUCCAUCACCUCAAAACCUACAGGAAGUAGAUGUUCCCAUAGUUGGAAAUGGGAUGUGUAACUGCCUUUAUGGAGAAGGAACGAUAACAAGCAACAUGAUUUGUGCUGGACUAAUGCAAGGUGGAAAAGAUACAUGCCAGGGGGAUUCAGGUGGUCCAAUGGUCAUCAAACAGGGCCCGGUUUGGAUUCAGUCUGGUGUUGUGAGUUUUGGACAGGGUUGUGCCUUGCCUAACUAUCCCGGUGUAUAUUCCAGAGUUUCUCAGUAUCAGAACUGGAUCACUGGCUAUGCCGGAGCAGUUGGUUUCGUCAGUGCUAUGAUCGGCCUCCCUGAUGACCAGACCAAUGUGACUUGUCCACCAAUACUGUGUGGAGGACAAAGUACCUUUUUUACAGGUGACUGGUCAAUGAUGGCAAGUUUACGCCUUUUUGGUGUACCUACAUGCACGGGAACUGUGAUCUCUCCAAAUUAUGUCCUGACCUCUGCAAGCUGCUUUAUGGGAGCCAUGAUGCCAUAUCAGUGGACGGUGACGGUUGGCUUUGUCCCAGGGGACUGUACUAACAGCAUGGAGAUUACUUAUAGCGUAGCGCAAAUCAUCAUCAGUCCGAAUUCAAACAACGACGUGGCGCUUGUGGAACUGGCUUCACAAUUACCAUACUACAUUAACACUGCAAAUGUCAAUGUGUAUGGUUAUGACUUUCCACCCGGUACUGAGUGUUCAGUAGUGGGUUGGAGUGCAGGAAAUGGCAUGAUGCCAGGUCUUGAGGAAUUCCAGGCCACCAUUGUACCCUGCAAUAAUCCUUAUAUCAACUCUGAGCUCAACAUCUGCACAACCCCUGUGAACGUACAGCAGGAUGAUCAAGGCAGUCCCCUGAUGUGUAAACUGGGUGAAAUGUGGGUUCAGGCUGGUGUUUUGUCCUUGGACUACAUAUUAGGCGAAAAUGUCCAAGUCUUCAGAAAGACAUCUCAAUUCACCCCCUUCAUGUAUGAAAAUGUCAACAACAUCCCAUCUGUUUUGGAUGGAGUGGAGUCAUUCUCUCCUCUUUCUCUGACCUUCGUCCUUCUGCUCUCUCUGCCAGCAAUCCUGCAGGCUUUGUAUUGAAGCUGAGCUACCUGUCACUUUAGCUCUUACUAGAGCCAAAGAAUGGCACAGUUGACAAUAAUGAUAAAUAAUGACACAAUCUAAACUAUUUGAUCAUAUAUUAGACAUUUAGCUAUUGAUUUUUUUCAGACAAAAUCUAUA